UUCCAUUGCAUCAAUGGAUCUAUCUUCUUUUUAUUUCAGACUGAGCGUGCCUUUCAGAAGCAGCCAACUAUCUUCCUGAACAGGAAGAAGACAUUGGGGAAGAAGAAGAAGUCUAUUCGAUAUGUGAAGAAUGUUGGCUUGGGGUUCAAAACUCCACGAGAGGCAAUUGAGGGAACUUACAUCGACAAAAAGUGUCCCUUUACUGGUGGAGUAUCCAUUCGUGGAAGAAUACUGACAGGAAUUGUUGUGAAGAUGAAGAUGCAGAGAACGAUUGUCAUUCGGAGGAACUAUCUUCACUAUGUCAAGAAGUACAAUAGAUUUGAGAAGAGGCAUAAGAACAUGUCAGUGCAUCUCUCCCCAUGCUUCAGGGAUGUGCAACUGGGCGAUGUCGUGACAGUUGGGGAAUGUCGUCCACUGGCUAAGACAGUGAGGUUCAAUGUCCUCAAGGUGACGAGAGCCCCUGGAACUAAGAAGUUGUUCCAAAAGUUCUAAUACCAAUAAAGAAAUCACAUCUCAUCUGUAUGCUUGACUUCUGAAGCUUGAAAUUCAUUUGAGGGCUUAGGUGGGAAUCCUUUCAAGAGAAUAUGGACUGCUGCUGAGAAAAUUAAUGAUCUUUGUUGGUUUUUUGAAAAAGCUUUUUUUGUUGGGCUUGAUUGAAUCAGAGUGAUCAACCAACUUCAAAUCUGAUUAACUCUUUUUAAAAAAAUACUUUUAUUGCAUUUGGUGACCAUUUUAAAGUAAUUGAUGAAAUACCUAUGUAAUUCUAUCUCUGAGUCAACAGGACUGAAGUAGUCUGGCAGGAUGGUGAAUGGAGGCCAAUGCUUUUGGGGUAAGAGUGAUCUUGAAAAGUGAAAGUGUGAUUAUCAAGAAAAUGUUAUUAGGGCUAUGUGAAAUUGCCAAAGAGGUAAAUUCCACAUUUUGAGAAAUUAAACAGCAUUUCUAUGCUG